AUGGGGCAGGUUCGCAUUAGCCGGAGAGCAGCAGGCGAUGAUUUUAUCGUCGCAACACAAAUAUUUGGGGGAAGGAGGAGGAAGAGGGCGGUGAAGGGGAUGAGCAGGAGAAGCGACGAGCCAUUUCUGGGCGUCGUCCCAUUUGGAAGGGAAGCUCCUCCGUGGGGGUUCAACGCCGGCGGCGGAGGAUUUCCUUCCGGCCGAGAAAGGAAACGACUUUACAAAAUCGGAGCUGGAGCUGGGACUGAAGAGCGUAGAAAUAGAGGAAUGCAGAAAGAUAGGCGGAACAGGGGCUCAAGCAAAUGUAGUGGGAGAGAUGGAGAAGGAGAAGAAUUGAAGAGUGGUUCCAAGAGCGGGAGACUGACUGUAGGUCUUCUGCUGGUCUGGUCCGGUCUUUAACAGUGAGUGGCAUGAAUCUUGGUGAAGGAAGGGAAAAGGAAAGGAAGGCGAAAAAGUUAGUCAGGCGUUGCUGCAUCAAAAACAGAGUAUUCAGUGACAGUGAAGUGAAGGCCGCUUUCUCUCUUUCUUUCUUCUGCAUUUGGGAACCCUAUUCAAAUUACUGUAACAAUAGUUUAACAUUUGGCUCUUCUGGUUACCACUUAGCAGCUGCCUCAUAUUCUUUACACAACCACGUUGAUCAAAUUGGUUUAUAAUGUUACGUACGUUUAGCAAAUGUAAUGAUCCGACUAGAUACAAUGAUUUAUA